AUGGCAGAUCGUGAUGGCGACCGAGAAUCCUCAGAUGGCUCCUCUCUCGAGAACGACCCCGUCGGGGAAAGCUGGGACGAGGCCAGCGCAGGUCCUGGUACUACUCCAAAGGUUCCUACUUCUUCAUCAUCCUCCAAUCCUAUAAAACCAGUUCCGCUGCAAAAGAGAAGGCGCGUCACCCGUGCUUGUGACUGUUGCCGGCGGAAGAAGAUCAAGUGUGAUGGGCUUCAGCCCUGCACCCAUUGCUCGGUCUACAGCUAUGAAUGCACAUACGAUCAACCCUCGAACAGACGUAGAAACCCGACACCGCAAUACAUUGAAGCUUUAGAAGGCCGUCUACAACGGCUUGACUCUUUCUUCAAAUCUGUAUUGCCGGAUAUGGAUGUAGACCACCCUACUUUCGAGGCAGAAACACUCCCACAGGUCCAGGAAGCAGUCAAGACCGCUAUGAACAAAUCAUUUCCAUCUGUGGCCACUCCGGAUAAUCCGCAUGAUCAGGAAGCUUUACUCGAAACGAUGGUUGAAGCUACAGGGAGGCUUGAUCUAGAUGAAUCCGGGAGACUUGAUUUCCACGGACACUCUUCUGGAUUCACCUAUCUAAACAAACUUCGGGAGCAAUUUGGGGACCUCCUGGGCCCCGAGGUCGGGACCACCACACUUUUGAGGCUGCGGCCCUUUCGCCCCCUUUCCGAACCGACACGUUCAAAUACUGGGUCUCCGGGUAGUAGCUACUUACUGGACACAGUGCCUCUACCUCCGAGAGAGACAGCCCAAGAGCUUGCCAACAGUUGCCUCGGCGAAGCACUGCUCUUGUUCCGAUUCAUUCACCGCCCAACUUUUGACAGUCUUGCCGACCGGUUAUAUUCUCGUGAUUUCGAAGAAUAUGGCAAUGAGGAGCAUUCAUUCCUACCGGUGUUCUAUCUUGUACUUGCAAUUGGAUGCGUCUUCACAAGAAAGUCUGAUAAGCUUGGUAUUUCCAAUGUUCUUGAUGAAGGGGCGAAAUAUUUUGCCGCCGGGAGGAAGUUGACGGAUAUCACGGACUGCAGAGACGUUACAUCCCUCCAGGGUGUUCUAUUGAUGAUUAUCUUUCUCCAGUCCUCGGCAAAGCUAGCAACAUGCUAUUCCUAUAUCGGUAUUGCCGUUAGUGCUUCAUUCAGGCUCGGUCUUCAUCGCAAGAUACCCUUUCCUGAUCCGAUAGAGGCUGAAAUUAGGAAAAGAAUAUUCUGCACGAUUCAGAAAAUGGACAUUUCUAUUAGUGCCCUAAUUGGGUUGCCGAGAAUGGUGCAUGAUGAAGACAUAGAUCAAGAAUACCCCACAGAAGUUGAUGACCAACACAUAACAAAAGAUGGAAUAACGCCUGGGGCUUUGGGGGAACCUAAUAGUACCUCAGCAGCGAACGCCCACACCAGGCUUGUUCAGAUCCUUGGGAAGGUUAUCAAAAAAAUAUAUCCAAUAAAAGGUCUCCAACCUAGCACAUAUGGUAAACGGGCCGGAUACAUGAUAAGUUAUGCUGUUGUACGUGGAAUAGAGCAAGAUUUGGCGAAAUGGCAGGAGGAACUACCGCCGUAUCUACGUAGAGGAGACGACUCGCCUCCUCGGUUUUUAAGACCAUUCAUACAUUAUGUCGCCCAGCCACGAGACGGUCGGGUCCGCGACGAGAGACCGUUCGCAAGCGCCGCCGCUUGUAUUAAUACAUGCCGAGAAAUAGUCCAUCUAUGCCAACAAAUGAGGGAAAACGAUAUCUUAAGUGGAGCAUAUUGGUUUUUGAUUUAUACGACAUUUUUCUCGGUACUAUCGCUUCUAUAUUUCGUACUCGAAAACAUCACACACCCAGAUGCCCCCGCUGUUUUACGGGAUGCAACGAUCGGUAAGGAUUGUAUACUGUCUCUCAAAGAUUCGAGUAUGGCGGGAGAGCGAUGUUCCCUUGCACUUAAGCCCUUGUUUGAGCAAUUGCCUAAUCGCCUUCGUGAAGGAUUUGGGAAAGCACAGACCAAGAAACGUGGUAGAGCGGCCUCCCCGGCGCCUUCACUCUCCGUUGCGGAUCAGCCGCUGGCAACUAGAGGCUUUAGUACUCAAGCAGAUCAGUCGUCAAUCAGGUCCAAUACAUUCCCUAUCACUACCUCACGCCAAGGCUCUAGGGUAGCAGUAGUGAGAACACCUGGAAACCCGCUGGACCCGGGGGCGAGACGAAGUUCGGACGACAAUUUGACGCUUGGGCAGGCUACAUUAUCCCCCACAGCCAUGACAGAAGACUCUAGGAGUUCGCUACAACAGCACCUCGGUGGAUUUACUGGAAUGCCUGACCUGAACGCCCUAAUGUUUCCUGCCUCAAAUGCGUUUGCGUACGGCAAUCAGGCAAUGAUGUUUGAUGUUCCAUUGGGCAGCGAAAGCCCAGGCGAGCAUGCAUUUAACCGGGAUGCUAGGCUAGCGCCUGGGCCAUCCCGACAAAGCUUUGGUGGAGGAAGUCCUUCGUUUGAUAACGUGGAAGUUCAGCUUUAUGGGCCCCUUCCACCUUAUGUUUAUUCAAUUGAGAACCCCAAUAAUCCUGGGUUUGAAAACACAGGACCGGCCUUUCCGAGCUUAUCGGCUCCCGUGGCCGGGACCCCAAGCACAGACCAAGACCACAUGGCAUUUGAGGCUUUCAGCCAUACCGGACAGAGUACAGACCGAGGGCAAAUGAAGCCAAAUAGCCAGUACCCAACGAAUUUAGACGAUUUUCUGAAGAUGGGAAUGAAUGAUGAGGAUUGGGAACCUAUUUUCGGACACCAACGAAUGCUCUGA